AAUAAUGGAGCAAACUGAACUCUCCACAGACACAGCUAACAAAGUGAUUUUAUGCAGGGCAGCCAUUGCCUGGAGGGCAAAUGCUCCCCUGUCCAUUGAACUACUUGAAGUUGAUCCACCAAAGGCUUGUGAGGUUCGAAUUAAGAUUCUAUCUUCUGGGAUCUGUGGUACCGAUCUGCACAUCCUAGAAGGGAGAAACAAAGUACCUCUUCCUGCAGUUUUGGGCCAUGAGGGAGCUGGAAUCAUAGAGAGUGUUGGAGAAGGUGUAACCUCUGUGAAACCAGGAGAUAAAGUCUUAAUGUUACCUCUUCCAGAGUGCAGAGAAUGCUGUUUCUGUUUGCAUCCCAAGGGCAACGUAUGCGUGAAGGAAGAUGUUCUUUCUCCAACUGGAUUAAUGUUAGAUGGAACCAGCAGGUUUACCUGCAAAGCACAGAAGAUUCAUCAUCUUUUUGGCACUAGCACCUUCACUGAAUAUACUGUUGUGCAUGAAAUUGCAGUGGUAAAAAUUGAUGAUGCUUCUCCAAUGAAUAAAGUCUGUAUCAUUAGCUGUGAGGUGCCUACGGGCUUUGGAGCCGUGUUUAACACUGCAAAGGUUACUCCUGGUUCCACCUGUGUUGUCUUUGGACUUGGAGGAAUUGGUUCAGCCAUAGUCAUGGCAUGCAAAGCCUCUGGUGCUUGUAGGAUCAUUGGGGUUGACAUCAACGAGAAGAAAUUUCCCAGGGCAAGAGCAUUAGGAGUCACAGAUUUUCUCAACCCUCGGAACCUCAAGAAGCCUGUUCAGCAGGUGGUAGUUGAAAUGACAGGCUUUGGUGCUGACUUUGCCUUUGAGGCCAUUGGACUCAUUGAUACCAUGUUGAUUAACUCUGGGAGAACCCUGAAAGGCGGCUUUUUGGGAGGUAGGUCUUUGAUGCCACAUCACCUUUUCCAGAAACCUGGUCACCCUGCAUUGUCCUUGGCAAGAAACAAAGGAAUGAAAAGAGUACAAAAGCAGAGAUUGCAUUCCUAAACUUGUAACUGACUACCUGCAAAAAAAAAUCAACAUAGAUCCACUUAUAACGCAUACAUUCCAU